AUGGCUUGCAAAUUGGUUUGUGCAUCCGGCUCCAACCCCGCCGGCUUGCUACCCGCUACAUUGAUCGCUACAUCCGUCAAUGAGGCUAGACCCAAUCCCGUCGUUGAUAUCACCUACGAGAACGUUCCUACCCUCCCUGGCGGUGAUGUGAUCGAGUUUACUGGGGUCAAUGGAACGACCGUGCAAGGUCUUGACGCUGUCAUUGCCGAGCUCCGUGUUCAAUUUCCGUUCCUCAAGAGCAAGUAUGAAGCUCAGGAAGAGAAAUGGUUGUCUCAAGUCAGCCAAUACGUUCCACUAGACCACAAAGCUCUUGAAGCACCUCUUCAGGCUCUUGAUUCUUACCUUAUCCUGCGCUCGUUCCUCGUCGGCUACUCCUUGUCUUCCGCCGACAUUGCUAUCUGGGGCGCGCUCCGCGGAAACCGUGUUGCUGUAACAGCCGUGAAGAAAGGAACAUUGAUCAACUUGACCCGUUGGUUCCGUUUCUUGGAAGAGCUCUGCCCCUGGAUCACCUCCGCCGUUGAUGCUGUUAAUGCUGCAGCUAAGGCGAAGCGGGCUGCGGCGUCCAAGGCAGGCGCCAGUUACGAUAUCGCUCUCAAGAACACUGAAAAGGGUGUCGUGACUCGUUUCCCUCCCGAACCCUCUGGAUAUCUCCAUAUUGGUCACGCCAAAGCUGCUCUCUUGAACGACUACUUUGCUCACGAGAAGUACAAGGGUACACUUUUGUUGCGUUUCGAUGAUACCAACCCGAGUAACGAAAAAGAGGAGUUCACUGAAAACAUUCUUGUCGAUUGCGAAUUGAUGGGCAUCAAGCCUGACAAAACUUCAUUCUCCUCGGAUUACUUCCAAUUGUUGCAUGAUUACUGUGUUCAAUUCAUCAAGGAUGGUUAUGCAUAUGCAGACGACACGGACAAGGAAACUAUGGCACAUGAGCGAAUGAAUGGAAUUCCCAGCAAGCGUCGUGAAUCUCCUGUUGAGGAGAGUUUAGCUCGUUUCGAAGAGAUGAAGACUGGCUCUGAAGAGGGCCAGAAAUGGUGUAUUCGUGCUAAGAUUUCUUUCGACGACAAGAACAAAACUAUGAGAGAUCCUGUCAUCUACAGAUGCCAGCUGACGCCUCACCCUCGUACUGGCACUACCUGGAAGGUUUACCCUACCUAUGAUUUCACCUGCCCUAUCCUUGAUUCGGUUGAAGGAGUCACCCAUGCCUUGAGAACGAUCGAGUACAGAGAUAGGAACCCACAGUAUGAGUGGAUGUUGAAUGCUCUCAAGCUCCGCCAAGUUCAGAUCUGGGACUUUGCUCGCAUGAACUUUGUGCGAACAUUGCUUUCUAAGCGAAAGCUUACUAAGUUGGUUGAUAAAGGUGUUGUUUGGGGCUGGGAUGACCCUCGUUUCCCUACUAUCAGAGGUAUUCGCCGUCGAGGUAUGACGAUUCCUGCGCUUAGAGAAUUCAUUCUCAAGCAGGGUCCAAGCCGUAACAUUGUUAACUUGGACUGGACUAUUUUCUGGUCUACGAAUAGGAAAUAUAUCGAUCCUAUCUCUCCACGCCACACUGCUAUCUCUAAAGAAGGUGUGGUCAUGGCUAAGGUCACGGGAGACUCCGUCCCCUUGGCCUCUGCCCCAUCAGUUCUAGAUAAACCUAAGCAUGACAAGAACCCAGAACUUGGCACAAAGAAGGUCGCCUUCAGUGAAAACAUUAUCUUGGAGCAAGAGGACGCCAAGUUAUUCAAGCAGGACGAAGAAAUCACCCUUAUGAAAUGGGGAAAUGCGAUAGUCCGUAAGAUUGAGAAGUCUGGCGACGUGGUGACCAACCUUGAACUUGAGUUGCACCUCGAAGGAGACGUCAAGAAGACCGACAAGAAGGUUACCUGGUUGUCCAAGGAUGGUCAACAGCUCAUUCCAGUUGAGUUGGUUGGCUUCGACCAUCUUUUGACAAAGGACUCUCUCCAGGAAGAGGAUAACUUCGAAGACUUCUUGAACCCCAAGACCGAAUGGCGAGAGCAAGCUUUUGCGGAUGGAAACGUUGCCGACGUUAAGGAGGGCGAUAUUAUCCAGUUCGAGCGAAAGACUUUCUACCGCUGUGACCGUCCUUUUGCUGCUGACGGAAAGCCAGCUGUGUUCUUCGAGAUCCCGACUGGAAAGACCAGCAACUAA